UGAAUCUCAAGGAGUUCAUGCAGUUCGUGCAAGACAUGAAGGUGAUGGACAACAACCUGACGGUCAACGUCAUCAUCAACAUCUUCAUCUACGUCCAAGAUGACUCCUCCGCUAAGGACGAGCAACCUUACCUGACGUCGGGAGACGAUGAGAGGGAGAUGGACUACAUCGAGUUCCGCGAGGCUCUUUGCGGCAUCGCCUGCUACAAGAUCCUCGACCCUUACCUCACCCUUGCCCAGAAACUCGAAACUCUGGUGGUCAACCACAUGCUGCCCAACCUUGUCAAGUAGCCGCAGCACAUGCGCAUCUGUUAUUCUUUCAGUUUAAUGUACAUGAAACUAGAACCAAGUAUUCUUACAAUUAGACCUCAACACCACAUC